AUUUUAAUAAAAAAUUGAAAAAAAGUGUCAGUGACAAAAAUCGAACGGCAGAUUACGGUGGUUGCAGAAAAUGGAUUUUUGAACCGACGGCGUAAAAGUUCUGUUGCACGACAGGAUCGAAAAUGUUAACGAUGUCAGCUCUCAUGAUGCCAGCAGCUACUAUGACGACUAUGACUAACGCCGGUCCCAUACCUGUGGCUGCUGCGACGAAGUUAGAACCGAAAUUGUUGCAACUCCCACACCCAGCGCUGGUGCCGCAAAUGGCUCAGCAACCACAACCACAGCCUCAUCACCAUCAGCAUCCGCAUAAUAAUAAUAAAGUCGGAUGGGAGGAUAUGCGUCGAUCCGGCCAUGCAUGGAAUCAGCAUGGAUUAUCAGUCCAAGAACAUUAUCACAUUUUCGUGGGAGACCUGAGUCCUGAGAUCGAGACGCAGAGCCUCCGGGAUGCCUUCGCGCCUUUCGGAGAAAUAUCUGACUGUCGCGUGGUUCGUGAUCCUCAGACGCUGAAAUCCAAAGGAUAUGGAUUCGUCUCAUUUUUGAAAAAAUCGGAGGCAGAAUCGGCUAUAACUUCAAUGAACGGACAGUGGCUGGGCUCCCGGUCGAUCCGCACCAACUGGGCGACUAGGAAACCACCAGCGCCUAAGAAUGAGUUAAACUCAAAACCGCUGACCUUCGACGAGGUCUACAACCAGAGCUCUCCGACGAACUGCACGGUCUAUUGCGGCGGUCUCACCACUGGUCUGACGGAGGAGCUGAUGCAGAAGACCUUCCAACCAUUCGGGACUAUCCAGGAGAUCCGCGUCUUCAAGGAUAAGGGAUAUGCUUUUAUUAGAUUCUCCACCAAGGAGUCGGCAACCCACGCGAUCGUUGCUGUCCACAAUACGGACGUGAACGGCCAGCCCGUCAAGUGUUCCUGGGGCAAGGAGUCAGGGGACCCCAAUAAUGCACAGGCUCAAGGACAAAUCCCAACAGCCUACAGUCCUUUCGGCGCGACCUACACCGGGGGUGUUCCCCCAACCUCUUACUGGUACAACACCUACCCUCAACAACUAGGGGGCUUCCUCCAAGGCGUCCAGGGGGUGCAAGGAUACACGUAUGCCGGUCAGGCUUUCGCUGGCUAUCAGCAGCAGUAUAUGGGUAAGGAGUACCAGUGGGCUAACACAACUGCCUGUUCCAGUAUGGGGGGCGUCCAGCUACCCUGGGCCCUGGGCGCGGGGGUCGGAGGCGUGGGCUCUGUGGGGGGGGUCGCAGCCAUGUCUCAACCCCCUCAGGUGCUUCAUUAUCCGGUGCAGCAUUUCCAAGUGCAGCCUAUUGGUGAAGACGAGUGGCUGGCUCCGAGCCUCCUGGUGUGAGGCAACCGCGCCCCCCCACUCGGCUCCUGUUGUUGUGUGCAAAAAGACUGGCUUACAUUACUUUGAGUCUCUUUUGUUGAGUCUUUUUCGUCGAAAGUCUACUUUUAAAAGUCUUUUUGGUAAAAAUCUGUUGUUUUAAGGCGAGUCUCUUUACAAAAGUCAGUUGUCUGAAAGUGUUAUGAGACUAU